CAAUAAGUUUUGUUGGCGAAGAUCAUCUGUUUUGGUCGAAUUUUGUCGUAAUUUUACGGCCAUGUGUGGUUUUAAAUACGUGUUUUAUAAAAAAUUUAGUGAUGCUAUCCGCAACAACAAGUAACAAAGUCAAAAACCUAAAAGGAACGGAAACUUCGAUAACUUUAGAACGGGAUGAUAGUGCGCACGAAAACUCAACGGAUGAUAAGAUCAGAGGUUAUGUUAAUGCCUACGAUUCCCUGCCUGGUUUCGAGGGAUCCUCCAGGGAUGGACGUUUUCGACCCCGGGGCCGGGUUACUGAAUUUCGGCCGUCACGUGGCGGUCGAGGCGGCAGUCGCGGUCGAGGCGGUUUCCCGCCCCGCGGCGAACGGGAUCCCUUCGAUAAUUCCUAUAAAUAUCACGAACCGUUAAAUCAGCCCGUGGGCGACUCCUGGUCUCAAGGAAAUAACGACAGCACAUUUUAUGAGCGAUCAGAUUUAGUUUUGAAUUUGCCAGAAGAUCCACGCAUCUCAAAACUGCUACGGCGUCUUUGUGCUGAAAGUGACGUCGAAAAGUCGCUCGCCAUAUGUAGAAAACUUCAAGACGCUGUGAUGAUGCCAGAAAACACACGAUACAUACGAAGGUCUUACGAAAUUUUGGUGGAAUCACUGUUGGAUGUGCUUUAUGAUGGCCCCGGUCCUGAAACAAAGGAAGGCGCUGCUGCAGUGCUCGGAAGAAUAGGAUAUGUAAUGGGUCCGGACUUUAGAAAACAUCUUGAUUGGAUAGUAGCUACUUACUCUGUCCAUAACAACUCAAUCAAACACUUGUUGACAUUGUCUUUAAUUGAAACAUACCAAUUGGAUUAUCAAAAUCAUGACUUGUCUGAAUUUGCAGAACAAACUCUUGACAGACUACAAGUAAUAAUCGAGGGUACAGACUCAGCUGAUGUGUUCAUGGCUGCCAUUAAUGCUAUGUUAGUCAUGUCUAAUUCAUAUCCAGUGCAAUUUGCCAAUCACUUUGUAGACACUGUAGACAUAUUGGUUGGUUGGCAUGUAGACAAUGCCCAACCAAAUAAAAUUAAACAAUUUGCUUUACAGUCAUUGUUUAAAUUGAGUAGGCAUUGGCAAGCUGAUGUGGGAUUCUCUGUCAAUUUAUUGAAUCAUUUUGUCGAAGAUUUGACUGUUCACUCUCUUGAUCUGGAGUCUGGAAAAAGUGAAGGAGAUGACAUACAAAAAAUUACAUCUUUUUUGAAUGUUUUCAACACAGUCGUCAAGAGCUUAGGAAAUCUUUUAAGCCCUACGGUCUCACAUACUGUCACAUGGGUGUUUUUAACAGAAACAUUCACAAAAAUACUAGAGGUUUUAAAGAAAUCACUCAAGGAUGAUGUGGAAUCUGAUUUAAUAUUAGCUGGUAAUGAAUGCAUUUCGUUGCUCCUGAAAUAUCUGCAGUCUAAAUCAAUAUCUUGUGCUUUAGGUUUGUACCCCUUGAUUUAUAUGGAGAUGGAAAAAUACCUGCAAUUUGAUGAGAAUGUAUGCCUCAGUGUAAUUAAUUUAGUGUCAACAACAAUUAAGGAAAUCGCAUCUAACCUCCCCAUCGAAUUUAUUGGACAAACAAUAGGUCCAGGGUCACUACUGAGACCACUUCGUUACUCUGAGAGUAUACUGAUAUUGAACAGCAUUUUGUCAGUUUACAGUAAUUUGUUAAACUUGAAGAAUAUUCCUCUACUGCAAGAGACCUACAAAUUUGUGUUGACUGACAUCCAGAAUGCAUAUUCGGUCAUUUUACCUGAAAUAUCAAUUAUAAAAGCAGAAUAUUUUGAAGAAAUUAAAGAAGAACAUGCAGAGAAAAAUGUAAUAUUUUAUCUUCAAUGUUUGUCUGAGCUUGCAAAUGCGAGUAAUUCUAUAAUUGGCAUGUGGGCACUUCAACCAAGCAUCCUGGAACUGCUAGCCAUAAAAAUGUGUCCGCAUAGUGAAAUAUUAGGUGGCUACAAACCAGCUCUACAAUAUUCAAUACUGUACCUUUUGUACUCACAUUGCAAGAAAAAUAAUCACUUCAUAGCUUCAAGUGAUUUAAUGAGCAAUACCCAACAGAGAGCUAGUGAUAUAUUUGGUUUAGCCAAUCUGAGUUUAGGAGAUGUUUCAAGCUCAAGUCCAACAUCUGGUCAUCUUGCUGUGAUUUUGAAUACAAUCAGUACGAUUCUUGUUGAAGAUGUACCAAAAGAAACUUUGGUACUUGUAUUGAGUUGGAUAUCUGAUAUUUUUUGCCAGCUGGAGAAAUAUUUGCCAAUUGUGAGCUUGUGUAAUGGCUUUCUAGUUUUGGUAACAAACAUGUUGACCUUAGUUCACUGCUUUGAUGAUGAUGUUGUAUUACUAAUCAUGAAUAAUUGCCACCAUUUACUGAAGAAUAAAAGUUUGACUUGGAAUCUCAUUUUGUUAAAAAAAAUAGCAGUAUUAUGUUUGCUGCAUAUUGACAAUUUUAAUAAGAACCUGGCUGAUGUCUGCAAGCAAGUACUGUUUGAUCUACCUUGGGAUAUCGUGCAAUUGGAAUUAGACAAGCAAGUGGUAAAAGUAUUCACAAGUCGUAAAAUGAGUUUGAAUAUUUUGAAUUGUGACACGAAAUUCAACUCCUUCAAAGAGUACCUAAUGAGAGGAACAUAUUGUACUUUGUCACAACAACACUUUCAACCGAUAAUGAAUUCACUAUUAGUAUCUGUACCAGUGGAAAAAACCUUUAUACUUGAUUCAUUUCUAUCCACUUGGCCUUUACAAAAUGGAGAUACAGAUGACAAAAACCAGCUCUUCUUCAGACAGUGUGCAAUGACUUUUGAUUCUGUUUGUGUUAGCUGGGCACUCUCUGAGGUCGCACAAACAUGUGUCUCAGUAAAAUUAAGAACAGUCCUGGGAAAGCCACAAGAGACCUUCAUGAAAAUAGAAGGUGCCUUAAAAACAAUGGCAAGAGAAGUUUCAUUAACGGACACAAAAUACACAAGUAAAAAUAGUAAUGACUUAAUAUCCACCAUAAAAAUGGAGCAAAUGAGGUCUUCAUGGAUUACUGAGUUUAUGAUAUUCUUGGAGAAAUAUAUUUACAAUGCAGCUGAAGGUACAGCUACAGUAUUACCAGCAGUUAGCAAACCAGUGAAAACAUUUUUUCACACUAAUUGGUCUACUUGUAGAGAAUGGUUAACAAGAGUGCGCCCUGCCGCACUGGCUGUAAGUCUGCAUGCAGGACAUUUUGGUGCUGCGAUAUAUCACGCCUCUUUGAUGUUACAAGCUGCAGCGAAUUCUAAAACUAAUAUUGACAUUGAAGCCAUAACAAUGACUAUAGCACGUGCCCUUAUUAAAAUUGAAGAACCGGAAGUUUUACACGGCUUUUAUGUUUGGAUUAAAAAGACGUUUGACAAGAAACUUGUUUGGCUAAAAGGUGCUGCAGAACAAGCCAACUCGAGACAUGAAUUAGCAUUAGGCUUCUUCAAGAAAUUAAAGAAUAUCAAGCCGAAUGAUGCUCAACAAGAGACUAUGAUCACUUCACUAUACAAUGACUCUAGAUGUCUUAAAUUCAUAGAUGAACAGAUUAUAGAAAGCUACAAGCAUAUUCAAAGCUGGGAAGAAAUAGAAGAAUGGAAGGAUAUUGACCAACAAAAUCCAAAUUCACAAUGGUACUGUUUAUCUGCUCUAAAGAUGUUCGAAGAGGAUGCGCAAAUUCCUGAAAAACUCUGUAAUUGGAAUGUAUUGGAACUCGAAAGUAAUGAAAUAUCUAAAAACAGCUGUUCAUACCAAGCAUUGUUGAAUAAGAUAGAAUCAACUCUCAUUUGCACAGCAGCGAAUGUUUAUUACAAUGAUUACAAUGAAAAAUAUGAAACUUUAUUGAAAAAUUGUCAAGAACUACUAAAUUCAGCCACAGAAGAGUUCACCAGAAGUAAUUCCAUACAUUUUUUGAAGGAAAUAGCUGUACUACAACUAGCAAACCACGGAUUGAUGAAUGUCGUUAAAAAUGGGAAAGUUUUAACAAACCCUUUCAAACCAUCUAGCGUGAAAGAACAUAAAUAUGUGACUGAAUUGAAAAACCUCAGCAGAGUAGUGUGGUGGAAUCAAUACUUUACAGAUUUGAAUGUGACGGAAGAAAAUGUUUUCUUCACUGAAAGUCUUCGACUAGACCUUAUUAAGAGUGCGAGAAAAAACGCUAACAUCAUGAUGGCUAAAAGGGAACUUCUAAAACAUUUUAAAAAUAACUCUGCAUUCCAGUUGUAUCUGGGUGAAGUCGAGAAUUUGGAAGAAUUGAGUGAAGUUUUGCUUAUGUCUACAAAUUCAUACAAUUUAGAUAUUUGGACUCCUAAUAAUGCUUGUGCUUUGACCGAACUCUGUAAAUUGGCGUAUGCAAAAGAAGAUACGAAAAUGCCAGCAAUUAAUUUGUGUGCUAGUAUUUCGUUUGGAUUUUCUCAAAGACUAGCAAUGGGUGAACAGAGUUAUGAGCUUCGUGAAAGGGGCACUAGGAUGCUCUUGACUCUUUCUAAAUGGGUUCAGAGUGAAACAGAAAAUGUUUUAGACGUUGAUUCGCCAUUAUCAAAACUAGUAUCAGCUUUGCCUGAAAUUGGCUUAGUGGAUAAUAAUGUUUCCGAGAAUGUAAUUCCGCUAACGGACUCUGCUGUUGGUAAAUUAUUGCAAUUUGGAGUCAAUCAGUGCCCAGGAUUGGCCAAAGCGUGGGCAAAUUUUGCAGCUUGGUGCUUUAGAUGGGGUAGGAAAAUGGUCGAAUUCAGUUCCAAAACGAGGGAACAAUUGACUGAAAAUGACAAACUGCAAAUCGAAAGCGUUAUGAUUGGAUGUUCUCCUGAAGAUUUUGAAGCUGUUUGCGAGAUUCUUUCUAAGACUAAAGCUACAUGUGAUGACGAAGACAUAGAUUGGAAUGAGAUUAACACAUCGGAAAUGAUUGAAAGUCAGUUAAGGACCGUGCCGUCGCUCAGUAAUGCUUUCCCCGAACAUUUGGCGCUCCUAGUCGACAUAUGGCGACAAGCCCAGAAACGAGUGUUUUCGUACUUCGAAUUAUCGGCAGAUGCAUAUUUCAAGUUCCUUCAAUUGAUAUGCGCUUCUGACUACAUAAACCACAGUGGGGAAAAUGCUGUGGUCACUGCUACUUUGAGACUGCUACGUUUGAUAGUGAAACAUGCCAUGGAAUUGCAGACUGUUUUAGAAUCUGGAUUGGCCAAUACGCCUACACAACCGUGGAAAGUAAUAAUUCCACAACUAUUUUCAAGACUAAAUCACCCUGAGACAUACGUAAGGAAGUGUGUUUCAGAUUUGCUUUGUAGACUUGCGGAAGACACUCCUCAUUUGAUCACCUUUCCAGCCGUCGUUGGUGCAGUGGAAAACGAGCAAUCUGAAUUGCCUGAGUUGAAUUUUGCUAGAUCUUUACUCUCGAACGAUGCCGAAAGCUGUGAAGAUAAUCUUGACCUCCAUGAUGCUGCUAGCGAUAAAGUGGUCAACAACGAGUUGAAUUCAUGCUUUCUAGACAUGGUUGAGACUUUAGCGAAUCAGGCUCCCACAACUAUACUCCAAGUAAAACUACUGGUCAAAGAGUUGCAAAGAAUCAACUUACUAUGGGAUGAACUCUGCUUAGGAACUCUGGUUCAACAUCACUCCGAUUUUACUAAGAGGCUAGCGCAGUUGGAAACUGAAGUAACAAUAGUGAAGAAUAACGAAAAUCUAUCUGCAGAAGACAAAGAAAAAUUAAUAAAAGAAAAACAUCGCAUUAUAUUCGAACCUAUAGUUUUUGUUCUUGAACAACUUCAGCACGUGACGUCAGCAAAGCCUGAGACACCACACGAGGUUGCGUUCCAGGCAAAAUUUCAGUCUCUAAUUGUUGAUGUGAUCGACAAGUUAAAGAAUCCUACGAAUCCUGAAAAACCACAAGAAUCGUGGGCUCCGUUUAAGCAGUUACAAAUCAAACUCCAACAGAAAGUUAAUAAGAGAACUUCUUAUAUACUGAGGAUGUCCGAUAUUAGUCCAGUUCUCGCUGAAAUGAAAAACACGGUUAUCACUAUGCCCGGUGUGCACACAAAUCAAAGAACGGUCAGAGUGACUAUAAGAUCUGUAGAAAAUAACGUUGCUAUUCUGCCAACCAAGACAAGGCCUAAAAAGUUAGUGUUUUACGGUUCCGAUGGAAAAUCCUACACGUACUUGUUCAAAGGUUUGGAAGAUUUACAUUUAGAUGAGAGAAUUAUGCAACUGCUAUCGAUAACCAAUACAAUGUUGGCGCGAGAUUCCGAAAACAACAACAAUCAAACGUACCGAGCGAGGCAUUAUUCCGUAAUUCCUCUGGGACCCAGGUCUGGUCUCAUUAGUUGGGUAGAUAAUGUAACACCACUUUUUGCCCUGUACAAACGUUGGCAGAAUCGUGAAGCCGCCGUUAUAUCAACCAAAACGAACAAGACUGUCAACGUUUUGCGUCCAUCAGAACUAUUUUACAACAAACUGAAUCCGUUGUUAAAAGAAGCGGGUAUUUCUACCGACAACAGAAAGGAGUGGCCCGUGACGAUACUGAAGCAAGUACUGCAGGAGUUAACAGCAGAAACUCCCCGUGAUCUACUGUGGAGAGAGUUGUGGUGUGGUAGCGUGACGCCGGAACAGUGGUGGCAGAUGACUCGCCGGUACAGUUACUCUGUUGCCGUGAUGAGCACUAUCGGAUACAUAAUAGGGUUAGGUGAUAGACAUUUGGACAAUGUGUUGGUGGACUUAACGUCCGGUGAAGUGGUGCAUAUAGACUAUAACGUGUGCUUCGAGAAAGGCAAGACUCUCCGUGUGCCGGAGAAGGUACCCUUCCGGCUGACGCCCAACUUGGUCGCAGCUCUUGGAGUGACUGGAGUCGAGGUGAGUGUUUUGAUUAUAUCACAUUCAAUUAAAAAAAUAACUUAA